ACCGUAAGCAUGACUCAGAGAACGAGAUAUAAAAGAAUUAAAUUUCAAUCGACAAUUUAAUUGUAAGAAGACUAGUUAUGAGUGCAGCGAUUAGAAUUUUGGCAUCCGUCGUCAUACUUUUUCUUUUAGAAAAUGUGAGCUCGGACAAACUAGUGAUUGAUACGGACGCUGGAGCAGACGAUGCACUUGCAAUUCUGUUAGUACUAUCAGCGGGAAAGAUUUCAAAUUAUGAGCUCGUGGGAAUCACAUGUACUUAUGGAAACACUGAGGAAGAAAAUGUUGAACAGAAUGUACUAAAAACUCUUACAGUAGCAAAUUCCUCUCACAUUCCUGUCUAUCGGGGGGCACAAAAACCUUUGAUGAGCAAUUUUUCGUCGGAUAAAUAUUUUGGGGAAGAUGGUUUUGGUGACUUUGAUUUCGAAGAUGAACUUAAAGGUGAAGUUGAUGGAUCUACUCAUGCGGCGAUAGCUUUGAUAAAUUUAGCACGAAAGUAUUCUGGUGAACUGAGCAUACUUGCUAUUGGUCCGCUAACUAAUAUCGCAUUAGCAGUAUCACUAGAUCCAAAUUUUAUGAAUAAUGUCAAGAGACUGUAUAUUAUGGGAGGAAGUAUUGCAGGCAGAGGAAAUAAAUCUCCUGGUGUCGAGUAUAACUUCGGGACGGAUCCUGACAGUGAUUUUAUUGUUUUAAAUGUCACAAGAAAUAAGCCGAGUCUUUUAUACCCUUGGGAGACUGUUCUCAAAUCACCAAUUCCAAAGGGCUGGAGACUUAAAGAAUUCGGUUCGAUUAAUUCAAGUGUAAUUAAUUUUUUAAAUAAAGCAGAGAGAAAAACUUUCAGUAGUGAAUCUCUAAUGUGGGAACCGUCAGAUGCCAUGACAGCUGCUGUGAUGCUCUGUCCGUUUUUAGCAAAAAGUACAAUUGAAAUAAAUGUAACACCCGUUACAGAUGGAGUCGCAAGAGGCACUAUGCUCAUAGACUAUUCUGAGAAAAGCGGAAAAACAAAAAAUGUGGAAGUCAUUCAAGAAUUUCACACGGAAGAAUUCAAACGCUUAUUAUUAUAUUAUUUUAAAUAAUUAUUCUUACGAUUAAUAAGUAAUAAUUAAUAGCACAUUUGUUCAUGUACGUAAUGACUGUUCA